ACCGCGCGUAAACCGCAAACAUCGUCGACGAUCACGUGAUCCGGAUUGGCGUUUUUUUUUUCUUCGUCGCACCUUCCCGCGGAACGGAGGACGCGUAAACCAGCAUAAACUCGCAACGAAAUUAUUGAUAUCGACCGACAGGAUUAGUCGUCCUCUCUGAUUUUAUCGUAUCAUGCUGCGUCAUCCAAGAUAAGCGUCUCGAGUUUAAUCAGGACUAAUUUUACGAGCGUGACAGAACGAUAGAACGCUGGAGCAGGUCCAGAUCACGUGAUUCGGUGUUUGCUCCGGUGACAAUCGGUGUACAUGGGAAGAGGUCUCACACGUGUGUGAAUAUCGUUAGACAAGGUUUCUCUGUGCGUUUAGGCGGCGUUUCAUCGUACACGGGAGGAUACAAGUCAAUCGAAAAUUAUGACGAGGAUACAAUACCCCGAGGCGCGCAGGGAUGAGAGCGUCGUUGAUGAUUAUCACGGUGUUGAGGUAAGAGAUCCUUAUAGAUGGCUCGAAGAUCCAGAUUCAACAGAAACAAAAGCUUUUGUUGAUGCUCAAAAUACUAUUACUAAACCAUAUCUGGCUUCAUAUAAAUCACGUGAUAAUAUUCAUGAUCGUUUGAAACAAUUGUGGGAUUUUCCAAAAUACUCAUGUCCUGCCAAACAUGGUGAAAAAUAUUACUUUUAUAAAAAUACUGGUUUGCAAAACCAAAGUGUCUUAUAUGUACAAGAUACCCUUGAAAGUGAACCAAGAGUAUUUCUUGAUCCAAAUACUUUUUCUGAGGAUGGAACUGUUGCAAUUACCAGUAGUAGUUUUAGCGAGGAUGGUGGCAUUUUUGCAUAUGGAUUAUCUAAAAGUGGUUCUGACUGGAGUACUAUUCAUUUCCUGAAUGCACAUACUGGUGAAAAGUAUCCAGAAAUUUUGGAAAAAGUCAAGUUUUCACCGAUUGCAUGGACUCAUGAUAAUCGUGGUAUCUUUUAUGGACAAUAUCGAGAUCAGCAAGGAAAAACUGAUGGUUCAGAAACGCUAGGUAAUCAAAAUCAAAAAUUGUGCUACCAUGUUGUUGGUACAUCACAAUCAGAUGAUGUGGUUGCGGUUGAGUUUCCUGAAGAACCAUUGUGGAGGAUAGGUGCACAAGUGUCUGAUUGUGGUAAUUGGCUCAUAAUUACUCCUCUGAAGGAUUGCAGAGAUAAUUUAGUAUAUUUUACACCAUUAAAAAGUGGAAUGGAAAUAAAAAAUAACUUGCCAUUGACCCAAGUUGUCGAUAAACUUGAAGCUGAUUAUGAAUAUGUGACCAAUAUUGGUAGCAAAGCUGUGUUCCGUACAAAUAAAAAUGCACCUAAUUACAAGUUGAUAGCUAUAGAUUUGUUGGAUUAUGAACAACAUAAAUGGGUUGAUCUUUUGCCAGAACAUCCUGAGAAUGUACUAGAUUGGGCUAAUGCCGUAGAUGGAGACAAAUUUGUUGCUUGUUACAUACAAGAUGUUAAGAACAUUUUGCAAUUACAUUGCUUGAACACUGGUCAAGUUCUUAGAACGUUUCCUCUUGAUCUUGGUACUGUUGUCGGAUUCUCAGGAGAAAAGAAAUACUCUGAGAUAUUUUAUCAAUUUACAUCAUUCCUAACUCCGGGUAUUAUAUAUACAAUCGAUUUAAAAAAGGAAAAGGAGCCACGAAUCUUGCGAGAAAUCAAAGUGAAGGGUUUUGAUGCGAGUUUAUACAAGACUAGUCAAAUAUUUUAUCCAAGCAAGGAUGGUACAAAAAUACCCAUGUUUAUAGUAACAAAGAAUGAUGCUGUAUUGGAUGGAACUAUGCCAGGGUUACUUUAUGGAUAUGGUGGUUUUAAUGCAAGUAUCCAACCUACAUUCAGCGUUACAAGACUUGUCUUUAUACAACAUUUCAAUGGCGUACUUGCUGUUGCUAAUGUUCGUGGAGGAGGUGAAUAUGGGGAAAGAUGGCACAAUGCGGGACGCUUCUUUAACAGGCAAAAUGUAUUCGAUGAUUUUCAAUAUGCAGCAAAGUAUCUUGUAGAAAAUGGAUACACUACCUCUGCGAAAUUAACGAUUCAAGGUGGCAGUAAUGGUGGUCUAGCUGUUGCUGUAUGUAUAAAUCAAAGACCUGAUCUGUUUGGCGCCGCCAUAGCUCAAGUGGGAGUUAUGGAUAUGUUACGCUUUCAUAAGUUUACUAUCGGUUCUGCUUGGGUCUCGGAUUAUGGAAGCUCCGAUGAUCCCAAGCAUUUCGAAAACUUGUUGAAAUAUUCACCUUUACAUAAUGUAAGAGUGCCACCAGAUGACAUACAGUAUCCAGCGAUGUUGCUUCUGACUGCUGAUCAUGAUGACCGUGUUGUACCUUUGCAUACUCUUAAAUUAACAGCAACUCUUCAACAUAAACUUGGAAAUGUGUCAAAACAGAAAAAUCCUUUAUUGGCAAGAAUAGAUACUAAGGCGGGCCAUGGAGGUGGAAAACCAACCAUGAAAGUGAUUGAAGAAAGUACCGACAUCUUAUCAUUUAUCGCGCAAUCCUUGGGCUUGGAAUUCAAAUUGUAAUAAAUGCUAAGAAAAGAACUGUAAAUCCAAUACAUUUUACAUAAAUUCAAAAUCAAGAAAUUUAUAAUGUGAUGUAAUGCGCUUUUGAGAUUAUUAUGUAUAUUGCAACGUAUUGUUGUGAAAUUAUCAGGUAUGCUUUCAUUACAAAUUCUUUUAUAAUAAUGUGUUUAUAUGAAAUAAAAACAAGAAAAUUUGUACUUUACGAUAAUAUUUACAACGUGCAUUUCUCUUUUAUGUAAUAAGCAUGCAAUCGUGUAUAAAACUCGAUCGUGUAAUCAAGUAUGGGAAACACACAAUGAAGUGUCUAGUGUUCAUUUCAAGAUUAUAUCUAAAAGUAUAUAUAAUAAUUAGUUUGUGUGUGUAUGUGUGUGUGUGUAUGUGUCUUUAACUAAAGUGUUAAUCUCUGUGCAGAGAUAUCUCUAUAUUUGUUAUCUAUUACAUGGAAAAAAAUAUUUAAAAAAUAUAUGAUAAAUAAAAACGUUUAAAAUGUUUUUAAAAGUAACUCGUGAAGCUUCACAUUUAUCGGUGCAUCAAUAUUUGUUAAUAUUUUAAUAAGAAUUAACAAUACUUCUGCAACUUGUACUCAGGAUCCUUGAUGUAGUUAUGAUUGUAUAAACUCAAUCGGAAGAUAGCAUUGAUGGAACAACUUACCGGGUGGUGAAUGAUUCAUUUCUAAAUUGAUGUUAAUUUCUCAAUUAUACUUAAUAUCAUACCAAAUUUGUAACCGCGCUCACGAACGCGACACGAACGCGAUACUUCGUUCACGGCUUAGUAAUCUUAACUUUCUCUAUAUAUAACGAUAGCCUAUAAUAAAAGAAAUUGGGCGCUAGACAGUGAGUGAACGUGCCACUCUUCCAAAGACACAAAAUGUCACAAAAUUUUAAUAUUAAUAAACGUGGACUUCGACGACUCCGAAAGCCGACCGCUCAGCUGCGGAACUGGCAGAGAAUGGUUUGGUGCGAGCGGUCAGAAUUUAGGAAAACGAGAAAUUAUACAAUAAUAUUAUUUAUUAUUUUAUCCAGAAAUAUGUCGGCAAAUAAAAAGUAUUUUAUGUAUUUAUUA